UCGAAAGGGCCAGCAUGUUGGUUAUCCUGCUGAACUGUGUUACUUUGGGAAUGUUCCACCCUUGUGAGGACAGCCUCUGUGACUCAGAGCGAUGCAAGAUCCUGGAGGACUUUGAUGACUUUAUCUUUGCUUUUUUUGCCGUGGAGAUGAUCAUCAAGAUGAUAGCGCUGGGCAUCUUUGGGAAAAAGUGCUACCUUGGAGAUACUUGGAAUCGGCUGGACUUCUUCAUUGUUUUGGCUGGGAUGCUGGAAUAUUCGCUCAACCUCCAGAAUGUUAGUUUCUCUGCAGUCCGCACAGUCCGGGUACUACGACCUCUUCGGGCCAUCAACCGGGUGCCCAGUAUGAGAAUCCUGGUGACGCUGCUGCUGGAUACUCUCCCCAUGUUGGGCAAUGUGCUGCUGCUUUGCUUCUUUGUUUUCUUUAUCUUUGGGAUUGUGGGUGUCCAGUUAUGGGCCGGGCUCCUUCGUAACCGCUGCUUCCUUCCUGAAAACUUCUCACUGCCUGCCAGCCUUAACCUGCACAACUACUACCAUACAGAAAACGAUGAUGAAAACCCGUUCAUCUGUUCUCAACCUCGGGAGAACGGUAUGCGGCUGUGCAGCUCUCUCCCUACGCUCCACGAGGAGGGCCUGCAGUGCCAGCUGGACAUGGCAUCUUACAAUAACACAGACAACACCACCUGUGUCAACUGGAACCAGUAUUAUACCAACUGCUCCGCUGGAGAGGUCAAUCCCUUCAAGGGAGCCAUAAACUUUGACAACAUUGGUUACGCCUGGAUCGCCAUCUUUCAGGUCAUUACUCUGGAAGGAUGGGUGGACAUCAUGUACUUUGUUAUGGACGCUCACUCCUUCUACAAUUUCAUCUAUUUCAUCCUCUUGAUCAUAGUGGGGUCAUUCUUCAUGAUCAACCUUUGUCUUGUUGUCAUAGCGACACAGUUCUCCGAGACCAAGCAACGAGAGAGUCAGCUCAUGAAAGAACAGAGAGUGCGCUUUAGGUCCAACGCCAGCACGCUGAACAGCUUCUCUGAGCCGGGAAGCUGUUACGACGAGCUCCUUAAAUAUCUGGUCCACGUCAUUCGCAAAGGAAUCAGGCAGGUCGGGCACCUCAUCCGGGCUGCUGGUCGCCGGGCGGGAUUAAGGAUCUGCGCUUCUCCGCUGGCGGAACCACCGCCCACUAAAAGACGCCGUCACAAACAGAGGCAGGGAUCCAUCCGGCAUCACAUGCACCAUCAUCACCACCACUACCAUUUGGGCAACGGGAGCAUCCGGGUUGACGGUGGUCGAGAGGUAGCCUCAGGCUCCCAGAGUGCUGUUGUUAACGCCGGGCGUCUCAUGCUACCCAUCAUCAUUCCUCAGCAGGACCCCUGUUCUCCGUCCCUGAUGUCUCUGGGCCCUGGCGAAUCCAUGCAUAGCGUCUUUCAAACAUCGGGCACCCUUGAGCCACUGCGCUGUGGCCCCUCACCGACUCCAACAGUGCUCCAUGCCUACAAGAGGAACUCUGUCCCAUUCGCUGCUCCAGUACAUAAAAACUAUCCUACGUUACAGCCCUCUUUAGUAUUAGAGCAGCUCAGACAGAGAAUUCUGGACCCGGGAGGGGGCAGUUGCACAGCUAGUGUUUUUGCCAAUCUUAACAUCCCUCCAACUCCCAUAAACGCCUCACAGUGUCUUGUGGAGACACAGGGUCCUGUUGGCAAGAUCACCUGCAAGGACACAUCCAUGAACUGUAGUGGCACAAACCUGGACACUGCUUUGACCUUUGACCCUGAAACUUGUCCAUAUUGCAUCAAAUCAAUAAGCAAUGACUCAGAAGGAAUGGACGUGAACGAGACUGCGGACUCUGACAGCGAGGGUGUGUAUGAGUUUACCCAGGAUGCCCAUUAUCGGGACAGCAGGGAUCCCAACAGAAGGAAGUUUGCAUUAGGGGCUCGGGCAGCUAAGGUUGUGCAUUUCUGGAGGCUGGUGUGUGACACUUUUCGUAAGAUCGUGGACAGCAAGUACUUUGGACGAGGAAUAAUGAUCGCCAUUCUUAUUAACACACUCAGCAUGGGCAUCGAGUACCACGAACAGCCUGACGAGUUGACGAAUGCUCUGGAGAUCAGUAACAUCGUCUUUACCAGCCUAUUUGCUCUGGAAAUGCUCCUGAAACUGCUUGUCUAUGGUCCUUUUGGUUACAUCAAGAACCCCUACAACAUCUUUGAUGGCAUUAUUGUAGUAAUCAGCGUCUGGGAGAUUGUUGGUCAGCAAGGAGGAGGUUUAUCGGUGUUGAGGACCUUCAGGCUGAUGAGGGUGUUGAAGCUGGUACGCUUCAUGCCCGCCCUACAGAGGCAGCUGGUUGUUCUGAUGAAGACCAUGGACAACGUUGCCACCUUCUGCAUGUUGCUCAUGCUCUUCAUAUUUAUUUUCAGUAUUUUAGGCAUGCACUUGUUUGGAUGUAAAUUUGGCUCGGAACGAGAUGGUGAUACGCUUCCAGACCGCAAGAACUUUGAUUCUUUAUUGUGGGCCAUCGUGACGGUUUUUCAGAUCUUGACUCAGGAGGACUGGAAUAAAGUGCUGUAUAAUGGAAUGGCCUCUACAUCACCUGUGGCUGCUCUGUAUUUCAUCGCCCUCAUGACGUUUGGAAACUACGUCCUGUUUAACCUGUUGGUGGCUAUCUUAGUGGAGGGAUUUCAGACGGAGGAAAUAACCAAGAGGGAGGACUUGCAUGGCCAGCUGAGCUGUAUUCAGCUGCCAAUAGACUCAGGGGGUGAUGCCUCAAAGUCUGAAUCUGAAGUCGAUUUCUAUGCACGUAGCUUGGAGGAUGUUUCUGGGCAUAAGAAGGAUCUGUCUGCUUGCUCCGUUGUGCCCAUCAACGGGCAUGUUGACUUUAAAACCAGCCUGACCCCUCCUCUCAUUACACACACUGCUGCCACGCCCAUGCCUGUCCCCAAAAUAUCAGGAGGAGACCCAGCCCUGGUAUUCGAAUCCCGCAGGGGCAGCAAUGUUUCGGUGGAACCUAGUGGCCAAGAUAAGUCUCCGUCGAGUGCACGAAGCUCCCCAAAUGCCCCGUGGAGUUCAGCCAGUAGCUGGAACAGCAGGCGUUCCAGCUGGAACAGCUUGGGCCGAGCCCCCAGCCUCAAGAGACAAAAACGACAGUCUGGCGAGCGGCGCUCCUUGCUGUCCGGUGAGGGCCAAUCCAGCUCGGAUGAGGGCGAGAGCGGAGGUGGAGGGGGAAUAUCCGAGGGCGACGAUGCCUCCCUUGCCAGGACAGACUCCCUGGGCCAGAGGCCCCGGCACAGGCGCAUGGAGUCCCUGGAGACCUGCAGCUCCUUUGAUCUGCCUCCAGAUACCCUGCAGGUGCCAUAUGUACAUCGUUCUGCCAGUAUACACAGCGCCCGGCCACCCAACUUUCUCAGCAACGGCAAGAGUUCCCCAUCGGCCACUGCACAGCUCUCUCUGGAUGAGCACCACAGUGAGGAUGACAAUGGGGACGAUGAAGGAAACCUGAGUCGCAGAGCUCGCCUCUACCGCUGGUUGGAGCAUAAACAGCCGGAAUGGUGUCGGCAACGGGCCACCUGGUCACUUUACCUCUUCCCUCCGGAGUCACGGUUUCGUAUGACAUGCAAUAAGAUCAUCACUCACAAGAUGUUUGACCAUGUGGUUCUGGUCAUCAUCUUUCUCAACUGCAUCACCAUUGCCAUGGAGAGGCCCAGAAUCGACCCCUCCAGUGCUGAACGCAUCUUCCUGACGUUGUCCAACUACAUCUUUACCGCCAUCUUCGUGACCGAAAUGACAAUAAAGGUGGUUGCCUUGGGCUGGUGUUUCGGAAACAAGACGUACCUGAAAAGCAGCUGGAACAUUCUGGAUGGCAUGUUGGUGAUGAUCUCCGUCAUUGACAUCCUGGUUUCCUUGAUCUCCAACAGCGGCACUAAGAUCCUGGGCAUGCUGCGUGUGCUACGGUUACUGAGAACCCUACGACCACUCAGAGUCAUCAGCAGAGCUCCAGGAUUAAAGCUGGUUGUUGAGACACUGAUGUCAUCACUUAAACCUAUCGGAAACAUUGUGGUCAUCUGCUGUGCUUUCUUCAUUAUUUUUGGCAUCUUGGGAGUUCAGCUCUUCAAAGGAAAGUUCUUUGUGUGUCAGGGGGAGGAUACACGAAACAUCACAAACAAAUCAGACUGCCACCUGGCUAACUAUAAAUGGGUCAGGCACAAGUACAACUUUGACAACCUUGGCCAGGCUUUGAUGUCCCUUUUUGUUCUGGCUUCGAAAGACGGGUGGGUGGAUAUAAUGUACGAUGGGCUGGAUGCUGUCGGUGUUGAUCAACAGCCUGUCAUGAACUUCAACCCAUGGAUGCUUCUCUAUUUCAUCUCCUUCUUGCUGAUCGUUGCUUUCUUUGUGCUAAACAUGUUUGUCGGCGUGGUAGUCGAGAACUUUCACAAGUGUCGACGGCACCAAGAGGAGGAGGAAGCCAAGCGGCGGGAGGAAAAGCGCCUUAAACGCAUGGAGAAAAAAAGAAGGAAUUUAAUGACCGGUGUCAGCUGGUCCAGCCCUGAACUCACAGUUAAAGAAGCCCAGAGUAAACCCUAUUACUCCGAUUACUCACCCACACGACUUCUCAUCCACAAGAUAUGCACAAGCCACUAUCUGGACCUCUUCAUCACGAUUGUCAUCGGGCUGAAUGUCAUCACCAUGUCCAUGGAGCACUACCAGCAGCCCAAGGUUUUGGACGAGGCUUUGAAAAUCUGUAACUACAUUUUCACCGUCAUAUUUGUGCUGGAGUCCGUCUUCAAGCUUGUUGCCUUUGGGUUUCGCCGGUUCUUCAAGGACAGGUGGAACCAGUUGGAUCUCGCCAUUGUGCUGUUGUCUAUAAUGGGCAUAACUCUGGAGGAAAUUGAGGUCAAUGCAUCUCUUCCGAUCAACCCCACCAUUAUUCGCAUAAUGAGGGUGCUGCGGAUCGCUCGUGUACUGAAGUUGCUAAAGAUGGCCGUGGGAAUGCGAGCCCUUCUUGACACUGUGAUCCAGGCUCUUCCUCAGGUGGGGAAUCUGGGUCUUCUCUUCAUGUUGCUCUUCUUCAUCUUUGCAGCACUGGGAGUAGAACUGUUUGGUGAUCUGAUAUGUGAUGAGCUGCAUCCAUGUGAAGGUCUAGGCCGUUACGCCACUUUCAAGAACUUUGGCAUGGCUUUCCUCCUGUUGUUCCGUGUAUCCACAGGGGACAACUGGAACGGCAUAAUGAAGGACACAUUGAGAGACUGUUCUGAGGACAAAGGCAUCUGCUACAACACGGUCGUGUCACCCAUUUACUUUGUGUCAUUUGUACUGACGGCUCAGUUCGUCCUGGUCAAUGUGGUCAUCGCCGUGCUCAUGAAGCACCUGGAAGAAAGCAACAAAGAGGCCAAGGAGGAGGCCGAGUUGGAAGCCGAGAUGGAGUUGGAGGCUGUGGAUGCUGGAAUGUCCCGGGGACAUAUCUCGCCUUUGGGGCCUUGCGACAUGGGUGGCCCUGGAGGGUCACCUUGGAUCUCCAGGGACUCACAGGACCUGUCGGGACCUGUUUAUCCUACAGACAGCCCACCAGACAUAUGCAGAGACUCAGAAAAUCACAUUAAAGCAGAUCCGGAUCCUCCACUCAAUUCGGUGCCACCAUUAGAGCGGAGGCCAAUGUUUGACUCAGUUUCCCUGGUGAUCCAGGGCUCACUGGAAGGAGAGCUUAGCCUCAUGGACAACCUGUCUGGCUCCGUCUGCCACUACUACGCUCUGCCUCCCCUUCCCAGCAAGCACUGCACUGAGAAACAGAUUCCUCUAGCCGAAGUGGAGGCUCUGUCUCUGACGUCGGAAAAAUCCUGGUCCUUAGCUCUGACGGAUGACUCUGUCCCAGACGAUAUUAACCCCCUCUUACUAACCAGUCAGGAGUGCAAUACCACAGAUCCAACAGAUCCCUUGGACCUCAACGGAUCAGACGAGCCUGCGCAUGAGCACCUGCUGUACGUCAAGAAGACCUCAGUGGGCCGCACACACUCUCUCCCCAAUGACAGCUAUAUGUUUUUGCCACUGCAGCCCAAUUCAACCCACACAACCUCACCUCACUUGGCUCAAACAGGGUCUACUAGCUCGAUCCAAUCUCAAACAGAAGAGCCCGCCCAGCAUCUGACUGUGCCCACGGAUCUGUUUCGACCGAUAAGUCCUCAUAGCCUCUCAGACUCAGAGAGCAUCCCGCGAAUUCCUCCACCUCGUCGGGCAAACACUCUCUCACGCACCUUACGCAGACAGCUCAGCAUGGUCCAACCCAAGCCCGACCCCGAGCUGCUCCUGAGACACAGAUACUCCUGUUUCUGAGAGAGCCGGAGUGGGGUGCUUAAUUCAGCUGGCCCCAGGGCCCCGCCCUCUCCACAGACCCCUCAAACCCUCUUCCUUUUUCUCUUCCCAAACCUCUUAAAUCCUAUUUCCCCAGCCCAAUGCAUUUCACCAUGGCUACUGCAAAGGCCAAAGGUUAAAGAUCAGGAGGACUUAAAGAGUAUAGAGUAUUGAUUUGACAAUAUCUAUACAGAAAUGUCUGUAUUAAUCUAUAUAGACAUUUUUAAGAAUGUGUCUGCAAUAAUUUUUUGCACAAAUGCCUUUUAACCCCUUUAAUGUGUUUAAUUAAAACAACAUGGUUAUUAUAGGCUGCUUUCUGAGGCGUCGUUUAAAAGCUUAUUUACAAUAGUGACCGGGGCUAGUUGUCACAGGAUUUUUUUAAAGUAUAAGACAAAUGCAUGUUUUCUGUACUGUUGAUUUUAGAUAUUUAAAUACCUAGUAUAGGUAAACGUUUUUGUACAUUUUAUCUUUCAAACUAAAGUUUCAAUAUCAUAAUUUUGCUUUAGCUGUUGGCCAAACAAGUAAACACAAUAACAUUAGACAGUUUACAUUUUAUAAAUUAAAAUUUAAACAUUUUGCAUUAACACUUAAACUACAAUUAACUUGCAUUUUAUUAAUUUUAGUUAUUGCAUUAGAUAAAAUUCACCAAUAACUAAUACAUUUUUUUUAUCAAAAGCUCAAACUUUUAACAUGAGUUAAUGCACAAUGAACUAACAUGGACAAUGGCAGUAACUAACAUAAAAAAAUAACAAUGAAUGAUGGAAAAUUAUAUUGCUCUUAUAUUAUGUUAGCUAAUGCAUUUACUAAAUAAAACCUCAUAAUAAAGUGUUACCAUAUUUAAUUUUAUAUUCAAUUUAAAAUUUGCAAGUUGAAAUCCGUCUCACGCCUCUAGGUGGCAGCAAAGUUUCAAUCACACAAGCUUCAACAUCCAACAGCCCCAGUCUGGUUUCUGUAUUGGUUAACUUUCCCAACCUGACACAGUUCCUCUUGAUCUUUAGCGCUAUGAACAUAAAGAAAUAACUUGAACGAGCAUUGGCUGCUGUACGUCAACGGCGCCCCAAUAAUAGAUGGGGAAACUUCUCCAUUACUCUCAAAGCAACUGGAGGAACCGUGUACAAACCGUCAAACACUUUAAAACAACUCUCAGGGAGUAACCCUUCACAAGUAAGACUUGAACAGUUGUUUCUGGUUGUGUUUGGUCAUUCUAACAUUAUUUGAGAGCUAGUUGGCAACUGGAGGCAGACUAUUGAUUCACUGUCAAAAUAAAAAGGUCCAAAAAUGGCCCCUAUAGCUGUCACUAGAGCUGUACCUUUCCAAAAAGUACAUCUUUGCAUCUAAAGAGGUCAUAUUCGUACCUCAGAGGUACAAAUUGGUACCAAAUGUAUACAUGUCUGUACCUGAAUUGAACAUAUUAUGAACUUUUAAAAGGUACUGCCCCAGUGACAGCUUGGGACCCUUUCUGGACUUUUUUAAUUAUUUCAUGUACAUUAAAUUAUAUUACAUAAGGGAUGCCUCCGUAAUCCAAAUCUAUACUCGACAAGUGCAUGCUUUGUAUGAUUCCUUAUAAACAUGAUAAGUAUUCUAAGCAUUGGUAGACUAAACAUUUAUGUACUCCGCACAGAUAAAACUUAAUUAAAUUCAGUUAAGAAUCGUUAAAGUUAUUGUGCAUUCUAUCUUAAAAACAAACAAACAAACAUGGCAAACUAGUCUUGCCACAUCUAAUAUGGUGGCGCUGCUGACGUAUCGCAGGGAAGGACCAAAGUGGCUAAUGCUAGGUCUAGGUAUUUCUUUAAUGUCUAUGUUUAGCACCUCCCAUAACGCCCACCCACCUCUCUCCUACUGGGCUGGUGCUGCUCUUGGACUCCCUCCGUUAAUGGAAAUCGAGGUAUUGAGUUCGGAGAGAGUUUGGUCCCGUGAAGAGAAGUGGGUCUUGUGGUCUGUUGCAGUAGCCCAGUGGCUCAGAGUGCAGUCUGCCAAACAGUGCCUGUAGGGUAAAUCUUUCUCUGCCCUGUUGAAACCAACAUUACAUACUUUUUUACUGAAAGUGCAAUUGAUAUUGUAAGUUUUCACCUUUGUGACUUCACCCGUAGCAAUGGCAUGUAAUUACGGUUUAAAGGUACAGCUAUUUAGUAAAGAGCAAUAGAGCAAAAGGUGAAAUAUGAUGUAUUUGGCAUUUUCUCCAGUAUAUAAAUAAUCUUUCUAAUUGAAUCAAAAGUGCAAUGAAAACAAUAACACAGCAAAUACUGAGAAUGUAUGUUUUCAAUUCAGCUGGUUGCUGUUCGUGGAAUGUUACUUUAAAUGUAUAGUUUACCCAAAAAUAACAAUUCUGUCAUAAUAAACU